AUGUUUCGAUUGUGCAUCUCUUUUUGUGCGUGUACAAUGAUCACCGGCAUGGAAAAAACUCCUUGGGACGUCAUGCUUCGCAUCAUUCAGCUGGCUGAAGACGGGAUGAUGUGGCGUCGUCUUCCACAGGUGUAUUCCGAGGUGGACUUUCGAGUGUUGCUGGAUGCUUUGGUGCCAAAGGCCGAGCGGAAUAACUUCGCGGUGUCUGUCACUGCUGGCUCGUCCGCUGAAGACGAUCACGACAAAGGCGUUGCACUCUUCAAUUCGCUUGGCAUCGGCGGCUUGGUCAUUGAGUCAAACCCUGCAGCCUUCCAGGCCCUGCGAAAAAGGCUGUCGGCCAUGAACGAGAGUGGUCGCAUCUUUGCGAAGCUUCGCGCGUCGCCAUACGAAAGUCCUGACAGAUUGCUGCAGCUGCACAGCGUCCCCAAGGACUUCGAUGCUCUGACACUCAGCACCGGCUCCUUCGACCUCAACGUGCUGCGAGGGACCCUGGGCUCGGGUUACAGGCCCAAGUUGGUCCUCCUCGAGGUCAACCUGGACGUGCCACCGCCCUUUGAAUUCGAAGCAAGCCCGUCAACACGCUCACAGGGAGAGUGCAUGCAAGCCGAAGGAAGAUUCGGGGUCUCGCUUGGAAGAGCCUGGUCAGAGCUGUGGCAGAGCUAUUCUUUCCUGGCGCUGGAAUCGACUGGAGCACCCUGCAGUUGUCGAGGCAAAGCUUGGUUCGCCAACAACAAGCUCUUGGGUGGAUCCGGGCCACUGGUGUCGUGGCAGGGGAUGGUCAGAAUGUUCUGGGAGCAGAUAACGGAGAGGAGGUGCAUGCACAUGCAGCGGCCGUGCCCCUCAGUCGACAUCCGCGGCUUGUUGGAAAGAGUGGGAGGUCUGGACAUGGAGAGGUGGAAUCAUGCGGAAAUGUCCCUCUACGUUGCGCAGCUGCCCUGGCACCCUGUGGUGCGCAAGUACAUCGAAGAUCACGAGGAAGCCCUACAGCUGAAGUGUCCUGGCCUGGACAUGUCGCUGCGAGCCCGACAACCGGACUACGCGUCCAAGUCGAGCUUGCCAAUGUUCCUUUCCAAAGUCCGGCGCGAAGGCUUGGCCAACCCAUUCCGAGCAGCAUCUUGUUUUUCUCGAUGCAUCAGAGUGUCAGAGGAGCUCUGGAACGACACGAUGGAUUUUCGCGGCCACCAGUGGCGCACGCAAGACAUCUCGGAUGAGUUGGAGCAUGCUUGGAUAAGGCAUUUCGGCCCGUACCGGCAAAAGAUCCAUCAAGUCUUUGGCUGUCGGGUGCCUAUAUUUGUGAACUGGUACGCCCUUCUCCAUAGGGAUAUCACGAACUCUGAUCCUUACAAUCGCGCCUGGGGCACCGUCGGCCUCACGAUGCUGUACAACCCUGAGUGCAGCUUCGUAACUCUGUCGGUCCUAGACCGGGGGCCGAACCCACCACAGGGAGGCAAGGUCGAUUCGAUGCCGAACCUGCUGGUUUUCGGGUCCUCUCAUGGACACAUACCCAUCCCUCUGGUGAGAAAAGCGAGCCGCCCGACGCUCCUGCUGCCGCCCCGCUACUACGUGACGUGUCUGGGCCGCAGCGGCUUCGCACGCUCGGUCGUGCUAGACGCUCUGCGGACGGAUGCUUUCCGGUCUGCACUGGCAGCUACGAAUCCGGCAUGGCCGUGGGAGAACUUGGUCUUCACGGGCCUGGCUCCAGGGGGUCCGGCCGGGUUUGAGAGGAUGGCCGCAGAGUCGAAAUUCUGCGUCGUGACUGCGAGGUUUGGUCGGAGCGCCUUCAUGCUUGCCGAGGUGGUGCAAGUGGGGGGCUGCCUUCCCGUGUACGUCUGGGAUGAUGUGGAGUGGGCGGCGCUCACCGGCGUCAACAACUUGACUUCCUUUGGGUUCAGCCUGCGGGUGACCCAGCUGUGGAAGCUUCCACUCCUGCUGCGUAACGUUACAAGCCGCAAGUAUUCGAGGAUGAAGCGGAAGAUGGCGCGGGCGCGAGCUGCAUACACCAUGCCGGGCACUAUGGCGGCAAUCCGAUCCUUCAUGCAAGGAAGGCCGGCACUCAGAUAUCAGCCGCUGCCACCUGAAAGAGUUGCCGCGCACGAGAGGCUAUUCAAGUGCCUUUGUGGGAAUCAUUCAAAGUGUGGUCCGUAA